CUGAAACGAUCUCUGUCUGAUAUCCGUGUUGUGCUUUGCUUUCUGUAAAUUAGUGUGAAGUUCUUCAAAAAUGGACCAGUGUUGAGAAUUUAGAUGCAUACUAAACGUCAAUCGAGAUGAUGAAUUAAUAAUCCAAUGUUUACAAAACAAUGCAUAAUCUCUUAAAAUAACACCCCAGUCCAAAAACCUUUCCUUUUUCAUUUGAAUAUUUUUUCCGACAUCAUAUUAUGGAAGUUCCACUUUAUACCUGUCCACUUUGUUGUAAUAGUACGUUUGAUUCCAAACAAUCGCUUGUGGAACAUUUGAAUGAUUUCUCAUUGAAUAUUGUAUGUACAAUAUGUAGUCAAGGUUUUUCUACAUUGGAAUUACUCACAGAGCAUCUUAAAGUCGACAACUGUGAGGCUAUACAACCUGAUAAAGAUGUAGUCCUUGAAACUGAGCUGUGUAACAUUAUCAAAGUUGAACAUGACAUACAUUCUGUAAACUCAGAUUCCACACAAGGGAAUGAAGAGAUAACACAAAAAAAUCAUUUAGAAAACAAUGCAACAAAUACAAUAAAAUUAGAUAACAUAAACAAUCAUACUGAUGGUGGAGAUAAAAUGUAUGUAGAAUUGCUUCGUAAACAAUUGGCUAAGCCAUGCCUGCAGACACAGGAGAUGAAGCUGGUUAAGGAAGAUGGGCAAAGUCGUUAUGUAAUCAUUGCUGACGAGGAGUCCCUGACAAAUCCAGAUGUAACCAUAGUCACUAAGCAAAAUAUUGAUGGAACUAUAUCUUUGACCACUCUGAAAGCAAGUGUUCCUAAUGAAGAUUCAGAAAUGGAUUCAGAGCCAGUUAGUGAUGAUGAAAGAACAGAUAAAUCUGGGGAAGAAAUCUAUACAUGCAACACAUGCAGUGUUUCAUUUACAUCAGUUUUGGAACACAUACAGAAUUAUCACAAUGAUGAAGAUGUUGUUGUCCACGACAAUGGUAACACGGAUCUUCCAUUGCAAUUCGAAUCUGUUGUGGAUGAAGAAACGGCUGCAGAUAAACAAACUUCACGAAGAAUGAUAACAGAGGCUGGCAACAUUGUAGAAGCGCCGGUUGUGUUAAGCCAGACAGCUCAAUCCGAAAUGAAUGGUGUGGAAACAAUUAAUAUUGAACCGAAUGUCAAAUCAGGACGAAUGUACAUUGGGCGAUUGCUGCAGGUCAACGCAGCGCCUAAGGCUAAAUCUGAAAAUCCAAAUAGUGUUUACCAUAAGGUGGUGGUGAAAGAAAUGCAAACAUCGAAUGGCAACCAGGUUAAACUAUACAAUUGUAUGACCUGUAAUCUUUACGUCACCUCACUGGCGGAGUUCAAACAACAGCCUUGUAAAGUUUUGAAGUACCAAUGUCCACACUGUCCAGUUCAAUAUGUCAACUCAAAAUCCUUAUGUGCACACAUGAAAGUGCAUAAAUUAAAAACCCAAGAUCUAAGGUCUCGAGAUAAUUCAAAAUACGAAUGCGAAAUAUGCAACACACUGUUCCCAACAUGCAAGUCCCUAAAGUUACACAAGAAAAUGCAUGAUCCUAUCAAGUCCCGUCCAAUAGAACCUCCCUUAGAGACGUCGGAGGGCAUGCCGGCGAGCGACGACAAGUACCUGUGCUCCACAUGCCACAAGCUCAUACCUAUAGACUACCGUACCAUACACCAGAACUCACACAAGUCUAAUAACACAAUGAACUGUGAUAUAUGCAAUAAGAAGUUCCAUUCUAAAGAGUAUCUAGAUAUGCAUAUGGCUGUACAUAAAGUUGAUAAGGUUGUUGUGGAAAAAUCAGACAAAUUGCUACCCUAUGAUUGUUUGUACUGUGCGAGAAAAUUCGCAAGACCCCAUGAAAAAGUUAAACACGAAAGGAUACAUACAGGUGAAAAGCCGCACUCAUGUGAAAUCUGCGGCAAGUCGUUCCGGGUGUCGUAUUGCCUGACACUUCACAUGCGCACGCACACGGGCGCUAGACCGUACGCAUGCCCGCACUGCAACAAGAGGUUCAAAGCGCACAGCGUGUACAAUCAUCACUUGUUGACGCACUCGGAUGUCCGCGCGUACAAGUGCCCCUUCUGCCCCAAAGCGUUCAAGACGUCAGUUCAACUGGCGGGACACAAGAACUCGCACACCAAACCCUUCUCUUGCCAGCAUUGUAACAGGCCUUUCGCGUCCCUUUACGCGGUGCGCGUACACAUGGAGAUACACACGCGGCAAAACAGUCUCAAGUUCUCUUGUUCUCUAUGCGGUGCGAGUUACGCGCGGGCGUUCGCUCUGAAGGACCACGUCAAACAAGUACACAAACAAGACAUAUACGCGACGGAAAAUGAGAAUUUAGAAGACAAGAAAGAUUGGGCUAUUCCAGAAAAUACGGAUGUUGACUCCGAAAGAGUUCCUCUCAUUAAAGACUUGCCGGAAGAUGUGACUGAACUGGGUGACAAUGCCAGCGAACUGAUCAUCCCGUAGUCUUACUCACAGAUCGCACGAUCUAACUUGACCUGAUGUUUUGGCUCUCGGAUGCUCGCGCAUGUACCGUGCACACUAUAAUAUUACCAUUGAAUUCCUGAAAGCGAUAUAUCUGCAGUCACUCGUGACUAACUUCUUGUCAACUUAGCUCGCGCGUACUGUUCAUAGGAAUAUGGCCUAUAUAGUUAGUUAUAUUGUGUAUAGAAAUAAAGUUGUAACGGCCAUUUCUUUACGAAGUUGGGUGCCUUAUGGAUUGCAAUAUGAACACUGUCAAUGUUUUAACCAAUACUUCAAUUUAUCAUUACGCCCCACACACAGACAGGCAUUACGUAGACAAUAUGCAGAAUAUAUUGAUAGUAAUAUAUUGACAGUAUUCUUCACAUUGUCAAUAAUAUUACGAGUGUGAGGCCAGCCUAUGAAUUUUGGUAUUUUACUUCGUGUGAACAUUAAAAGGGGAGUUGAACUAAUUUACAUUCAUACUAUCGGUCCAUACUAUUUGAAAUUAAUUUAUUAGCGGCCAACAAAUAAAAACCUAUUUAUA